GCGGCUCCCACUGUCGCAAAAGCUUGAGCGCUGCUGAGGACCGCUUGAAAUGAAGAGGACACCGAACAAAACGCGAAUUAAAGUUGACUCUGAGCUGGUAUCUUGACCAACAUGGCAACGUUACAUAAAGGUGAGAGGCCUUUCGACUGUGAACUCUGCCAUAUGCCCCAUCUCCAGCCAGCUUAUGGUUCACCUCCGAUCUCACACAGGUUCCAGUGCAAUCAAUGCGAUGCCAAAUGUAAGACCAACUCUGACCUGGAGCGCCACAGUCGGGUUCACGCCGACGAGAAGCCUUAUAAGUGUGAACUGAGAGUACCGCUGUGCCAUGAAGACCAAUUUAAAAUCCCACGUGCAGCUGAAACACAGCAUCUUCGACUCCUUCCACUGCUCAAAAUGUGACUUCCAGUGCUCCACCAAAGCCGCCCUGCAACACCAUUCCCGCGAGCACCAGCCCACCCAGCCGCUGCAGUGUAGUGGGUGCAGUUACUCCUGCUCCACCAAGGGGGCGCUCAAGA